GGAAUACGGUCAAAUGUAAACAGUGUGCUUCUUCGAGUAUAAAUAAUAAAGUCAUAAGUCACAUUACUUCCUCUUUACCUUACUGUCUGAGUAUCUUAUGAUGGCGAGCAAGUGGAAAGUUUUACCAAGGAUAGUUUCUCCAUCUGGACCUAAAAACAGUGCCUCUGUGAUAUGGCUACACGGUUCAGGUGAUACAGGCCCGGGUUUGUUGGAAUGGAUAAAAAUGGUGUGGAAAGAAGACUUCAAUUUUUCGCACAUUAAAGUGAUAUUUCCCUCGGCAGAUCCCAUGCCUUACACUCUCAAUGGCGGUAAUUUGUCAACAGUAUGGUAUGACAGACUUCAACUGUCACCCAAGAUUCCAGAAAAUUUGCCCUCUAUAGAUGUCAUGGCAACAAAAUUGAACGAAUUGGUUCAAACAGAGGUCAACAGCGGGAUUCCACUCUCCAGGAUUGUUAUAGGUGGGUUUUCCAUGGGUGGAGGGAUGGCACUACACUUGGUGUACAGGUAUCAGAGACAGGUGGCGGGUUGUUUUGCGCUGUCCAGCUUCCUGAAUAAUGACUCCAAAGUAUACAAAGAACUUAAAAAUAUCCAAGGCCAGCCAUCUCCUCCAUUAUUUCAAUGCCACGGGACCAGAGAUGAACUAGUCCUGUUUGACUGGGGCAGAGAAACGUAUAAGACAUUAGAGGGCCUAGGUGUAAAGGUCGAUUUUCACGACUUUGAUUUGGAUCAUGAAUUUAACAAAGAGGAACUGUCGAUAUUGCGGGAGUGGAUACUAGAUAGGUUACCCCCUGUUUAGAAUUAGUUCCAGUCACAUACAGUAUUGUUGUCAUUCGUAGACCAUCUGCCCGAUAUGCAUAAAACCCGUGCAAGUGAUCUUUCAUAAUGUUUGACAGUAAUAUCUACAUAUACACGA